CACUGAUGGGUGACACUGAAAGGCAGCUCAGAUGGGCACUGAUAUGUGGCAUUGAUGUGGCACUGAUGGGCACUGAAAUGUGGCACUGUUGUGGCACUGAUGGGCACUGGCAGGUGGCAUGGAUGAGCACUGAGAGCUGGCACUGAUGGACACUGACAGGUGGCACUGCUGGGGCUACACAGAUCAUCAGGGCACACUGAUCAUCACUGUCAGCAUGACAGUUUGUGGGGAGAGAAAUGCCGAUAACCAGCAUUUCCCUGUUUACAUGUGAUCAGCUGUGAUUGGACACAGCUGAUCACAUGACCGAGCUGACAUCUUCGGAUCUUUCCGUUGAUCGGUG